UUUGCGUAUUUACUAUUUUGAAUUGCCACAUGGCGACAAAUUGGGGUGAUUGCUACUGUGACAAAAUAGUAAAGAUUUGUAUCCACUGAUGUGAUGAGUUGAUAAUUCCUGCUCUAGAUGAACUUUUAAAAUGGAAGUUUCGUUUUUAGAUGAAUUAGAAUGUUUAAAAGCAAGUUAUGACGCACGUGAAUUUACACAUUUUAUUUCAAGUCAAUGUCAUAUUUUAAAGUUUAAUCUACCAGAAGACAUUUGCUUGACUUUUGAAAUUCCUGAGCAGUAUCCACAAGUAAUACCUCAAAUCUCUUUAGCAUCAACAAAGUUAUUAAAAGCUGAAAGGAUUUCAAUCGAAAAAGAAAUAAGAGAUCAUGCUGAAGAAUUAAUUGGAUCUCCUAUGAUAAUGGAUUUAGUUAUCAAAUUUCGAGAAAUAUUUGAAAAACAUUUUAUCAAAUAUGAACUGUCUCAGGAUAAAGCUUUGGAAUGUGAAGAUGAUUAUACAGCUGUUAUAUUGAUUGAUCACAUCAGGCAGAGAAAUAGAUAUUUAAAAGCAUUACGCACUUGGGCAUCAGAAUUAAAUAUUGUUGGUAUUCUAAUAUUUUGUCAGAAAUGGAUUUUCUUAAUUAUCCAAGGUUCAAAAAAGAAUGUGAAAGAUUAUAUCAUUCAUCAUAGAACAAUUUGUAUUGAUGUAGAUUCCUCUGGAAAGCCAUGUAAAGAAAAAAUGUCUAAAAUACUAUUUGAAGGAGAUAGUCCAAAAAGCUUCUCAUCAUUUUUGGUAGAAGAAUUAUCAACUUUGAAGAAUCUAGAAGAAUAUUUAAAAUUCAAGAAUUUAGAAAUUAUUUAUCAAGAAGUACUAAAACCACUUAUAUUAAAAAGCUGAUGGUUACUUCUCAAUGUUUGAUAUGAAAAUUAUUCUCUUAGUUAUUUCUAUUUUUCACUGUGAUCGUGAAAUAAAGAAAAACCAAAAUAAUGUAGCAGUUGCAUUAUUCUUAUCUUCUCUUUUGGACGAUAGAUGGCGAUGCCUGAUUAGAUACACAUUCCAUAGUGCAUUGCGAGCGUAAUGAGAAUGAGAUGAUAUGCUGUUCUGUUAAGCUGCGCACUUGAAUGGCUUGUCUUGUUUUUGUUUAGUGUGUGAAUGCGAUUAUUAAAGAAAUAUUCCCGAAAACACAGUCUUGCUGCUUCCUGCACAGAUCAUAAUAAUCUACAUUCCAGCACAUUGGCGCCCAACAGAAAAGAAUUUCUGAUGAAACGAAAGUGAAGUCGUCCCGACGAUCACAAGAAAAUUUCCCUGCCACCACAUUGAGAAGCGUGUCAUCCUGACACAGAAUAAUUUUUCUCAUCUCUUGAAUGGUUCAUCAUAGUGUUCCAGGAAAAUGAUGAAGCGAAAGUAAAGUCGUCCGACGACUGCAAGAAAAUUUUCCCAUCCGCAGCAAAUUAUGAAACGUGUUGUCCUGACAUCCAGUCCUCAAAAUAAAUCAGCUUCUGCCAUCUUUGCGUCGUUGAUAUCCUAAGGAGUACUCCAUUAUUCAGUUUUAAAUCCUAAUCGUACGGGACGUCAAUCCCGUACAAUUAGGAUUUAAAACUAUUAUUGUGAAGAAAAAUUUUCUUUUAAGUGAGUGGCGCUGCUUGCCACCACGUGUGUAUAACUGUGACGUUGCUGCGUGACGUCAUUAUGUAUUUGUAAAUACAGUACACUCCCGAUUAUCCGCGGAAUUGGGUGACGCAGCCGCCGCGGAUAACAAAAAUCGCGGAUAAUCCGAAAAAAAGCUAAAAAUGGGUAUAGCAAAAAAGAAAACAGUCAUUCCAACUUUGAAAAAUCGUUUUAUGUACAAUAAAACGUAAAAUAAACAGCAGGAAAUGUUUAACUAACGCUUAAUAUUUUAGUAUAUCACUCAAAACUAACCUAAAAUGCAUUUUGUUAAUGAAAACAGAACAGUGCUUUGUACUUACGAGAGGCGUCAAGGAUACACAGAAAAAUUAAUACAUAUGUACUGUUUUAAUACUGUAAUGUAUUAUGCAAUUACAAAAGCAUAACUGUAAAACUGCACCUUUUUGAAAAAA